GAGGUACGGUUAAGGUUCACUGAAGAACGCUAUUGUUAGGGAAAAAAUAACAGAAAUACAAUAUUUAUAAUACGUACUUUAGGUGUACUUUAUUUAACCUAAAAAGACUGCAAAAUUUUGAGGUACUAUUUCUUUACAGUUUAACAAUCACGAAAACAUGCUUCGUCGUGGAUCUGAAGGCAAGAAACCGCUGAAAGAGAAAGUUUUGCUACUUUACGAUGCAAUCUUCAAAGCGGAGGAUAUAUCGCUAGAAAACCCCAACUUCUGGGAUGAGUUCUUCCUACUCCGAGCAAACACGGACUACUUGGAGAAGAAGUUAGAAGCAAUGACCAUCAAAGAUCUUUUAAACUUUAAGGAGGAUUUAAAUCGAUUCUUCGCAAAAUGCGCGGAGUAUAUUAUGUGUGAUUAUUUAAUCCGGAAGAUAAAUUCUCUCCAGACGAUGUCCUGUUUGUUUCGGAUCAUCCUCUCACAUGAUCUCGGAGACCACGGGUUUGAAGUGAUUGAUUUGUUGGUUGGUUUCGGAUCAGCGGAUGUGCAGAUGCAGCUCCUCCUUCGAUCGCUGACCUCCAUCCUCACAAAUACUGUGGAUGGAUCCUUGGAAGAUGAGGAAGAAGACCUUGAGAGAAAUUAUCCUCCGAUCUUGAAAACUUUGGCUCUUCAACUGCUGCUCAUCAUCUCGACAGGAAGGGACAAUGUCAGCCAGAACACAUUUCUUGAAUAUGUGAUGCUAGAAGAAGAAGGAAUAGAAGCUGCUCUAGUUGAAAUGCUUGCCGAUCCUGUGGAGCGUAGCAGACAUGGUGUUGAUAUUAUCCUUCUGCUGACACUGUUGGUCAACUAUCGGAAAUAUGAGUCUGUUAACCCAUAUAUUAUGAAACUUUCAAUACUGGAUAACGAGUUGGCCCUAAACGGCCUUUCUUCUGUAAUUUCAAUGUCAUUGGCUACGUUUAACAACCAGUUUACCAAUAAACAAGAAGAAUCAAAAAGUUCCGGUCUGUUCUCCACCAUCACAAACAUGGUAGGCAGUAUGUUUAUUGGUGAUUCUGAUGUACAGAAACAUAUGAUCAAGUCCAAUGAAGCAAUACUGCUUGCACUGUAUGAAGCUGUACACCUCAACAGGAAUUUCAUAUCCGUACUUACACAUUCCCACCCUGAUGCUCUUAUGGAAGCCCCUCCUACAACUCCAAAAGGUGGAGAGAUGCGUCAUAGUAAACCAAACACACCUACGAUGGAUUCUGUUGUUCCUAUUGGGAAGACCAGCAAUGUCCUUUGUACUUUUAUCCAAUACACGUCUAUCAUCAUGCAGGACACCAAAGUGAAGCAGAACAUCAGUAGUUCAAAGCUGUGUUUCAUAAUUCUUUCAUGCAUCACCGAAGACCAGCUUGCUAAUUCAUUUCUGCACGACGCAAAUAUGAUUUUUCAUAUUCCGAUUCACAGAAUGCCGAUGCGACACCGCAAAGCACGCCCUGCAGAUUGUGAAAGAAGUCGACCCUUAGCUUGCUGGCUGUUUGAUCUCACUUCAGAGUUCCUUGUAACGCAUAUGAUGAAGGACUUCCCAUUUAUGCAACAUAUGAGGUGUAUUGGUAUCAUCCACAGAUUAAUGUGCUACGAGAAGAAAUGCCAGAUUAGGCUUCAAUAUCACUGGAAAGAACUCUGGAGCGCUUUACUUACGUUUCUUAAGUUUGUUUUGUCCAACGAAAAUAGCUUCAUCGCUCAAUGGAAAAACGGGGUUUUUGUUUUGUUGACUCAGAUAGUUAACCUGUUCAAUAUGUUUGUAACUUUCGGCGAUACUUUCCUACCUUCUCCCACCAGUUAUGAUGAACUGUACUACGAGAUUGUGCGCAUGUCCCAGAUAUUCGACACCAUGUACACCCUGGUGCUGCGUUACAUAAACCACCCGGAAUAUAAAGAGUUUGCUUCCAAACUCAACAGCGCGCUUGUGAACAUCAGAGCUAUUAUUCUGCAUUUCCGACCAAAAAUCGACAAGUAUUCAAAGGACAACAACCAAGCCACCCUAACUGAAGAAGAGGUGCUAGAAGUGGUAAGAAACAACUACGAUAGUCUUACACUUCGCUUGCAGGACAAUCUGGACCAUUUCGAGCGAUAUUCUGAAAGACCAAAAGAAGUUUCAUUUUUCAGUGACCUAGUCCGUUCUGUUGUUCAAGGCUAUAGAAGAAAUGUUAUAUUUGAACAAGUCGAUUUACAAAAGUACUCCAGUACAUAGUUGAUUUAAUUGAUAGUGUACGCAUCAUAUAGCCUACCUUCAUAUUUUACUGUGCGCCUGCCUACAUGGCUUACUGCUUUCAAAUCAUGUCAAAUGUAUAUAAUAUUCAUAUUACUGUUUUGUUUAUAUUUUAAAGCCUAUACAUCUAGACAUGAAGUUGGUGUAUUUAUUUAUAAAUGCCACAUUUUCAAAAUGCUUGAAAAAUACAAGGUUGCUUCAUAGCAAGAAAUUACUACCGAAUAUUGGAUGCUAAAUGGAUAUAUAUAUAUAUACUAUUAUUUGUUACCACUGUAAUGCAUUUAUACCACUUUAUAAUCUAUCGAGUACAAACAGAAAUAAAAGACAAAAUUAAUUCCAAACUGUUGAUUCCUGAAAAAAUAAUGAUCCAAAUUAUUUCAAGUACCCCAAUGUUUGUGUGUAAACUUCCAUUUCUCUGUUUAUUUAUUAAUUUACAUCGUAAUAUUUCCUGAUAAAUUCAUGCAUGCUGUGACAUUUGUCUCUCCAUUCA